AUGAUUAAUAAGAUUAAUGAUGGUUCAAAAGAACCGCCAACCAGACUAUUAUUAAUCAAUGGCAAACCAAAGUAUUAUCAUACCAUUAUAAUCAUCAAAGAGUUGAAAGAAUCUAGGAAUAGUCAACUACAAAUAAUUGAGAUUGAAAAUAAUAGUACCACCAAACCAAAUCCAGCUGAUUACAUCCAUAUCUGUGUGGAAUAUCAAGAAAAUAAAUGGGAUCCACUUGAAAAAUUUUCCAACUUUUUGAAAGUAAAUUCCAAAGCAAUUGCAGAUGCUAAAGAAAUAGGUCUUUAUAUUCAUUUUCAACCAGGUAAAAAUUGGAAAGAUUAUACCAAAAAGGAUUUGACACAGUAUAAAAACUUUUUGAAAGACAUCAGCGAAAUUUGUGGUGAAAAAAUUACUCAAUUUGCUGUUAUUGACAAAUAUGAUAUGGAAACUGUUUAUUUAACUGAAGAUCAAGAUUUGGAUAAAUUAAAAGAUGAAAUUCAACUGGAUAUUGAAUAUUGGAAAAAUUUAAAGGUGUUAGAUUAUUGUGAAAGUAGUAUUCGUAGUUUCCCAGAUGUCAAAUUACCAGACACAUUGGAGCAGCUUAAUAUUGGAGGUGGUUAUGCUUUAGAAACUUUAAGAGGUUUUAAAAUGCCACCAAAUUUAAAAGUAUUGAAUGCUGGUCACGGAGCUAUACACACUUUACAUGAUGUAAAAUUCCCCGAUUCACUAGAAGAUUUAGACCUUCCAGAAAAUAAAAUUUACUUUUUAGAUGAAGUUAAUUUCCCACCAUCACUAAAAAAUUUAGAUGUUUCUCAAAAUAGAUUGGAAGACAUUAGAGAUGUUAGAUGGCCAAGAAAAUUAGAAUCACUAAAUCUUGGUUUCAAUCCAAUUGAAAGUAUGAAAGGUACAAUUUUCCCACAGUCAAUAAAACGUUUAGAAAUUUCAAAUAUGCCAAGUGAUUCAAUGGCUGGUGUUAGAUUCCCUGAUAGUUUAGAGGUUUUAAAUUUACAUUCAUCAAUGACAAGUCCAAGAGGGUUGAAAUUACCAACUCAUGUACAAACUUUGAUUUUGACAGGUAAUGGUAUAGUUAGUAUAAACCCAUUGAAAGUACCACCAACUUGUGAAGUUUUAUAUUUGAACAAUAACAAUAUCAAAACAUUAAAUAAAGUCCAAUUACCAACCAGUUUAAAAGAACUUUAUAUUGGAGAUAAUUUAUUAACAACCCUCAAAAAUGUUUCAUUUCCAAUUUCUUUAGAAGUUCUUGACAUUGAGAAUGAUCCAGAAUCUUACGAAAAUGAUAAACAAAUUAUAACAUUAAGAGACGUUGUACUACCACCGAAUUUAAAAACUUUGAAAUUAGGUUAUCAAGGUAUAAGAAUUUUAGAAAAUUAUGAAUUUCCAAAAACUUUAACCAAUUUAAGUUUAGCAUAUAACGAACUAAAAUAUAUCAGAAAUGUUAAAUUUCCAAAUUUAAAACUUUUAGAUUUAGGUGGUAACCCUGAAUUAUCAACUUUAGAUAAUAUUGAAGUUCCUGAAUCAGUCACUGAACUAAGAGUUUCUGCUGAAUUACUUGCCAAUUUACCUGCAAAAGUUACUGAAAGAGCUAAUAAUAAUAAACUUACGAUAAAGCAAUCUGCUCCAAAAGUAGUUUCAUACCCUAUGAUUUUGUAA